CUGAUUUGUUAUGACAUGUUUCCCUAGUUGCAACCAUGGAACUUGUGUUUGUGUUCUAACAACAAGCUAUAGAAACCGCUGGGCAAGAGGGUAUAAAAACGGAACGGCAUCUGAAUGAGGACCACAAACCCUUCUACUCUUUCCAGGACUCGAUUGUUGUGCGGAAUUGAAAAUGAAGAUUUUUAUUUCAGUUGCUUUGUUGGCAUUUGCCGGUCUCUUCCAGGAAGGGGAUGCACAGAUUACAGGAUGGACAGUUCCAAGUAUUACAGGCGCCGCAACUGGAACAGGAGCAGCACCAAUUUCAUUUCCCGAGAAUCAAGCUGUGGGUGCAACUUCAACUUCAUUUACAGCCACUCCAACUGGUCCCGAUACAAUUGCGUCCUACACUCUGUUGACUGCUGGUACUCCUUUCUCGGUAACAUCUGCUUCUGGUCUCAUCACUCUAGAUAGUGCACUUGAUUUUGAAACGACAGCCAGCUACACAGUUGAAGUUCAAGCAGUUGAUAGCAACGGAACACCAAAUACUGGAACUGCAACUGUAACAAUAUCCGUCACGGACGUGAACGAGGCCCCAACAUUUAGUGCUGCAUCAAUGUUAGCUUGCGUUGCUGACGGUUCCACAGCAGGUCAGUCUGUGAGUACUCUAACAGCCACUGAUCAGGAUACAGGAGACACCAUAACUUACAGCAUUAAUUCUGGAGACUCGAACAGCCACUUCACAUUUUCUGGAGCCGAACUUCAAGUCAAUACAGGAGUUACUCUUGACAUGUCAACCACAGCAAGCUACGCUCUUGUUAUUCGUGCCACCGACAAUGAUGGGACACCUCUGUUUGGAUCUACAACUCUUACUGUAACAGUGGGUAAUUGCAGCAACAGCGCAACAGCUCUUGUUAUAAGUAUCAUGAUGACUCUUAUGACUCUGGUUGUGUCAUUAUAUUAAGAUACAAGCUCAUCCAAAAGUUCUAAUUCAAAGUACUUUCCUAAUUUUAUACUUAAUAUCACCAAGAGUACGUUUUUCUUGUAGUCCAAGUUAGAUAAACAUUUUUUUAAAUCUGAACGUUAAACAAGACUCCCUAAAGGAAAUUUAUGUUAAAAUAAGAAGGAAUUUGAUUGAUUUAUUUAUUUCAAAAUACAAUGUAUCAAUACAAUAUGGCAAAUUAUCAUAUACAUACAACAAAUAAUAAAACAAAUCUGUAUGAAGGAAAAUAUAUUCACUCAACACUUUUAAGUUUAUUUUCGUUUUACGCUUGUCCGUAAAAAUCUGCAUAGUAUAUAAAUUUAUUAGUAAUAUAUGCAUUAGACUUCUAAUAUUAAUUAAAAUAUACAUUCUGUUUCUACGGUAAUGUAUUUCUUUCAGUUUUAGAGUAUAUUUAGUACAUUUUAUUAACUAAAUUAAGUAGGACUUACACACAUUCAGAUUUCACCGAAUCCCAUAUAACAGCUGCCUUUAGCAUAAAGCGUUUCCAGUCUUUCCCACCAGAAUGAUGUUGGCGUCAUAAACAUAUAGUUCCGUUUUUAAAAGUAAAAACUAUCGCCGAUUUCAGUGUAUUGAUGCAGCUUACGAGCACAAAGUAAUAAGGUCCUAAUUUUCAAAUUCUUGAUCUAUAAUAGGUCUAUAGCUUAUAAGUAGUAAUGGUACUCAUUGAAAUUGUAACGAUACAUAUUUAUUAAAAAUAUAAAGUACCUUUGUUGUAAUUUUGAAAUGAAAAUAGAAUUAGUUAUCAUUGAUCUAAUAUGAUUUUUUACUAUUUAUCAGUACUCUAGGUGAGAUGACUGUUUUACCCUGGAUGCAAUUACUUUGCACACUAAUACCUAAGCAAGAUAUAAAUUUAAAUAGCUGCAGAAUUAUAUAAAAUAUUGAGUAACGUACAUAUGACUUAAAUGAGAGUUUAUUAACAUAAAUACCACAAUAAUUAAUGUAAUUUCAUAUUUAAAUUGGAGUUUAUCUACAAAAAAUUAGCCUGUAUGCCUGUCUUGCUAUUACAAAAAAUGUUAUCAACUUGAAUCAAAAAUGAAUAGGUGUCCAGUCGUAUAUGUCUACUCCCUCUAGUACCACGUGUGAUGUGUGUUUGUGUGAAGCAUUUUAGUGUUUAAGAAAUGAUGACAAUAAUGAGACAGUACCGUGUCGAUGCUUGUGUCAUUUCUUGUAUUAUUCUCAAUAGAUUGUAUUGCCGAAAAUACCUUUAUUCAAUUUCAAAUGUAAGUAAUAGAUCACCUCAAUUGUUGGUAAAACUGUUCUGUGGUAAAUAAAGUUUUCAUGUACAAGAAAUGAAAAGUGGUUGAAACUGAUGUCAUAAUGAUAAGCUAAUGAUUGAUAUACGUACAAGAGAUCAGUGUAAAAACUUAGGUUUUUCCACAAAUCGUUAUUUCCUUGUGUUUAGCAUGUAACAAUUGUUUUUGCCUGUCUAUAAAAUAAAGCAAUACAAAACAUA